AUGACCACAGAGAGUUUUGCAGAGUUCCUGAACAAGCUCAAGGAAAUCCAUGAGAAAGAGGUCCAAGGUCUGCACAGCAAGGUGACGGAGCUGACCACAGAGAAGUGCCGCGAUGCUCAGAGAAUUGAAGAGCUGUUUGCUAAAAAUCACCAAUUAAGAGAACAACAGAAGGUCCUGAAAGAAAAUGUAAAGGUGUUAGAAAACAGGCUGCGAGCUGGCCUUUGUGACAGAUGCAUGGUCACCCAGGAGCUGGCCAAAAAGAAGCAGAAUGAGUAUGAGACCUCUCACUUCCAGAGCCUGCAGCACAUCUUCAUCCUCUCCAACGAGACCAAUCGCCUGAGGGAGGAGAACAAAACUCUCAAGGAGGAACUGAAGAGGCUCCAGAGCCUGGAGACAAAGACCCCAGGAGUGUCCUCCAGAGAAAGCUGCUCCACACCAAGCUCCCCUUUGACUCUGCUGUCCCCAGUGAGCAGGAAUGCCAGCACAGAGAAGGCAGAGCCCAGGGAAGCAGCAGCCCAGCAGGAUGUGCCAGAGCUGGAGCUCAGUGAAGAAAAGCCUCCAGAGAAGCUCCAGAGAAGCUCCCCAAGCAGCAGGACCUCUCCAGGCACUCUCCUCCAAGAAGUCAGCCUUGCAGAAAUAGCAUCCCAGAGGAUUUCCAACCAGCUGCACGGAACCAUUGCCCUGGUGAGAGCUGGCUCCAGACCCUGCCUCCUGGAAAGGAGUCCCUCAGAGGCAGCAGUGUCUCCCCCAGCCAGGAAAGCUCCUCUCCCUCCAGAACGAGAGCACAGCCCCAGCCUGGAGGCUUAUUUAACAGCGAGCAACCCAGACUCCCCCAAGGUUGCUCCAUCCUACGAAAACCUGAAACUGAGUGCCCGGAGAGAGCAGCUGUGCCUGCUGCACAAGCACCUGUCCCUGCACCAGCUGGGGCUGGCGGGUCCCUGCGCCCCGGGCGAGCGGGACAGCGGCGCCUUCCCCAUGCACCCGCUCAGGAGCAAGGCUGCCGAGGGCAGGACACGCUGCCGGGACCCCUGGGACGAGCAGGCAACCCUGCUGAAGCUCCCUGCCACCAUGGUGUACGUGAGGGACCAGCAGCUGGAGGAGAAGCUGCAGCUGCUGAAGCAGCGGGAGCGGCUGCAGCAUCUCCUGCUGCGGCAGUGCCAGCCGGGCCAGCGGGCACACGGUGACACCGAGACACGGCCAGGACAGAGGACACGGCCGCUGUCCCCGUGGCUGGGCAUGGCCGUGGGCUGCAAGGAGGAGAGGGUGUUCCUGGAGGAUGCUGUGGACGGGAAGGAAGAGGGGCAGCUGUGGCGGGGCAGGGAGCGCCCCGAGCCGCGAGCCAGGGGGAAGGAGGCGAGGGACGAGGAUGGGGACGCGCCGCUGGACCUGUCCGACCCCAGGCACAGACAGACGGACGGCAGCCCGAGGGACAGCCCCGGGGACAGCCCGGCCAUGCCCACAGGGGGACACGGGGCACAGCGGGACCGCCUGCGCUGCCCCUACCGCUGGGCACUGCCCGCGGCUGCCAAGGAGGAGGAGGAGGAGGAGGAGGAGGAGGAAGAUGCAGCUGUGCUGAGGCUUUCACGGGCAUAUCUGACAAACAGCUCCACCCCAGGUGACCCAGAGGCCCCUCCUGAGGCCGGGCUGAGGCAGGAUGCCAGCGCACAGAAGGGAGAUGCAGAUGACAAUGAUGCCGAGUCUGGGAAGCAAGAAUCCGAUGAGCCAGACACAACGGACAGUGAGGAGAAGUAUGAAGAUGAGAUCCAACAAGAAGCUGAGGCUGACGGGAAAUACUUUUGCACCAAAGACAAAGUUCAUGUGCAGCAGAGGAAGAGAAAAAGAGGACAGGAUCCCUGGAUAAAAGGAUCUAAGAAGUCAAUGAGAGGAAAAAAGAAAAUCAAAGUGGAGCAAUGCCCAGUGGGGAUCACAAAGGAGCUGGAGAAUUGCUCUGCUUCCCACAAUGAUCCCUCCAAGGACAGUUAG